GUAACAUCGUGACCCGAAAAUGGCUUCCGCAAGUGGUGUUUAUGAUCGGCCAACAACUAUGUAGGCUUGUCGUUAUUUCCGCAUGUUUUGUUAAUUCUUGUUCUUAAACGAAUGGUUAUCACCUUUGUUACAUUUGAGGUUAUUGAUGAUGUCGGAGGAGAGGGACAUUUUAUGUUUUACCGACGAUGAGGACGAAUUAGAAGAAGAACCGUCGGCGCAAGAGCUACAGGGUACAAUCAGCAAGUGGACAAAUUAUUUACAUGGUUGGCAAGACCGAUUUAUUGUUCUAAAAGAUUCAACUCUAAGUUAUUAUAAAUCUGAAGAUGAAACGGCAUUUGGAUGUAGAGGUGCCGUGAGUCUGAGUAAAGCAACUGUUACGCCUCAUCAGUUCGAUGAAUGUAGAUUUGAUGUCUGUGUUGGUGACAGUGUGUGGUAUUUACGUGCUACAAAUCCUGAAGAAAGACAACAUUGGAUAGAUGACAUUGAAAUACACAGGCAAGCUGAGUCUGGAUAUGGAAGUGAAAAUAAUCUUCGCCGCCAUGGCUCCAUGUUAUCAUUGGCAUCUGGUACCAGUUUAUCAACUACAUCAGCCUCCUCAUUUAAAAGAGGGCGAGGUUUGCGGGAAAAACUCCAUGAAAUGGAAACGUUCCGAGACAUUUUAUGUCGUCAGAUAGAUACAUUACAGAGUUAUUUUGAUAGUUGUGCAUCAGCUGUAGCACAUGGUACACAUCAACAAUUGAAUGACAAUGACGAUAUUGAUGAUAUCGAUGAUCUGGAACCAAACUCAACAUCUUUAACAGACAAUCUUAGUCACAAAUUUGAAGGUCUCAAAACAGGAGAUAUUGCCUGUAUAUUACAACAACAUGGAGGUCAUUCCGUAGACUUUAAGGGAGAAGCUUUUACAUUUAAAGCUACAACUGCAGGUAUUGUGGCUACACUGUCUCACUGUAUUGAAUUAAUGUCACAGAGAGAAGAGGCAUGGAAAAAACGAUUAGAAAAGGAGGUAGACAAAAGGAAAAAAUAUGAAGAAUCAUAUAAAUCCUUAUUAAAUGAAAGACCUAAAGCAGUUGUGUUAGGUGGUCCUGAUUAUGAGGAAGGACCUCAUUGUUUAAUUCCUGAAGAAGAAUUCUACGAUGCUGUUGAUGCUACUUUAGAUAAACUUGAGAAGGAAGAAGAAUCUAAAAGAACAGUUGCAUUUGUAGAAAAACCACCUAAAAUUUCUUUGUCACCAGAACAUAAAUACUAUGCAGAAGUAAACAAAAUCGUGACACAUCAUUUGGGCCAGAUUAAUGAAAACUUGGAGGAAUCAUGGACAUGUAUUGCAGAGGAAGGAGAAUUAAAAGUCUAUAAACGAGAACUGGAAGAAGAUGGUAUCGUCAUAGAUCCACUUAAAGCUAUUCAUGUUGUUAAGGGUAUUACUGGCCAUGAAGUCUGCAAGUAUUUUUGGGAUAUUGACUUUAGGAUGGAGUGGGAAGCUACAUUGGAUUCUAGUGAGGUAAUAGAAUGGUUAUCAGAAGACACAUUUGUGAGUCACAAUGUUAUAAAGAGAGUGUGGCCAGCAUCACAGAGAGACGCUUUAUUCUGGUCACAUAUACAACAUAUUGCUAGUGAUCAGGAUGAAGAACCUGAUAGAUGGAUUGUUGUUAAUUAUUCUACAGAACAUGAACAUUGUCCUAGUUCUAAAUAUGUGAGAGUAUUUAUGAAUGUGGCUAUGGUUUGUGAAACUAUGAUAAAACCACCAGCAGAUGGUAAAAUCAGUAGAGAUGAUAUAACAUGUAAAAUCAUCUAUACAGCUGAAGUUAAUCCAGGUGGUUGGGCACCAGCCUCAGUGCUUAGAGCUGUAUAUAAAAGAGAAUAUCCAAAAUUCUUGAAGAGAUUCACAUCAUAUGUUAAAACAAAGACAGAAAAUGUUGAGAUUCUUUUAUAAGUUAAAUUAUAGCAUAUAUAUUUCUUAUUAUUCCAUUCUUAUUCAGCAGUUAUAUAUUUUUGUAUAUAAAUCUCGAGUACUUCUAUGAAGGGGAUUGAGACUUCAGGCUGAUUCCUUGUUGGCAGUUGAAUUGUAAUCAUAAUAAUUAACUAAAAACAGAGAUCUCCCCUUUGUUUGGGGUAGUCAAGUCCUUAAAUUCAUUUCAGAGAAUUAUUGUUUAACUACCAACAAGGUGUAAGUGCAUCAUGUAAAUAAUUUCUAUGGGAUGCAUACUACUCUAAUUGAUAUCUUGAAAUAUAAUAAUUAUAUUACAACCAAUGUGUAAAUGAUUACUGAAACUAAACUUAUAUAUUUGUCAGUAUUUACAUAUAUUUUUGUUUAAUGGAAGAAAAUUAAAUUAAAUCUGAUUUAAAUAAAAUUUAUGGAGGAGUUUAUUUUGAUGAAAAUCUAAUGAUUCAAAAAGUUUUUGUUUAUUUUCCUAAAAUUAAAAAGUUCUUUCCACAUCUAUAUUGGUAAAUAAUACUUUUAUUUAGAUAAUAGAUAAUAUACAAUUACUAGAUCUUAAUGUCUAGCAUAUGCUGUAGAAAUGGUUUAAAGACCCUACUGAAAAUUAUUUGACAAGUAGUAAUUUACUAUGAUUAAUUUAUAAAACGAAAGUUUUUCUUAUCAGUUUAUUAUAUAGUGUUCUGAUUUUUUUUUUUUUUCCAUUAGUCUAGAAAACAUAGACAUUAAAAAUAUAACUUUUUAAAUUCUUUAAUCUUUUAUUAGGAGCAAAUAUUUCUUUAAUAAGACAUAUUUAUUACGAAAAAAAAUUGAAUGUCUCUAAUAAUGAAUGUACUAAUUCGAUAUAACAGAUUUUGAUUUUCUAUUAUGUAGGUUUAAAACAGAUAUUACCUAGAAAAUUAGUGAUUAUUAUUUGUUGGAACUACCACUUGUUAUUUUAUUAUAUUCAGAUAUCUAAAAGAACUUGUUGUAUCUAAAAAAGAUUUUAAGACAAAGAUAACCACCACAAAUCUAUGUUUUGCUAUUAAAACUAUACAAAUUGAUAUUAUUACCUUACUGCUGGAAUAAUCUAAGUUCUUUAAAAAAAAAAAAUGUCUGCGUUUUCAGUGGAACAUUGUAAGUGCUUAUUGUAUUUUUAUGGGUGUAUAUUUUGUUGCUCAGUAGCCUGACUUUAAAAGGUUCAAGACAAGAUUUUGCUAUUAUUAAAAUGGACAUGUAUCAUGUUAUUGUCAUGGUAAGUUGGUAUGCUAUUAUUGUGGUUGUCAAGUUGUGUGACUGGGUGCCUUUAAUCGGCCAUAAUGUCCGUCCUUGAUUUCUGAUAACUAUCAGACAUUAUCAUUUGAAUAUUGCCAUAGUAACAUUCUCUUAUUUUCUAAUAGUUUUCUAGAUGAGUUAUAUUCUUAAUAUUUGAGAUAAAUGUUUUUAAAAAAGUUCAUUAGAUGCAUAAAGAUACAUUUGAUUUCGUAACCAUAACAGAAAUUUAGCACAGAAUAAAUUCUUAUUGUCCUUUACUUUAGUUUUAAAAUGGGAUAGAAAAUACAUCUUCUUUUAUUGGAAAUUUCUUAUAAUAUCGGCAAAUAGUUAAUAUUUUCGUUUUGUUUGUUUCUUCAUUUUUAUACAAUAAUUAAAAGAGAUACUUUAUUUUGAAUAUAAAAACUUGAUAUUUAAUGUCAAUGACAUACACAUUGAUCUAUCAUGUUUGUUUAUAUCUAUCAUUAAAAAAAAUACAUCUUCUAUUUUUAUGAUCAUCAUUACAUUAUAAAAUAAUCUCUCGACUGCUAGAAAAAUAAUGCUUAUCCAGAUAUUUAGAGCAAUAUAGAUGUUUCAUUAUUUGAAUAUAUUUGUCAGUUAUUGUGGGUUUAAGUGUUGCUUCAAAUUAAUAAUAUUGGUAAAUAAUUGUAUUUUGUAAAUUUGUUAUAUUUUGUAUAAAGAAUUGUACAUUUUGUAAUCUAAGAGGAAAAGGUAUACAACUGUUUAAUUUAAUCAAUUCUCAGGCAAUUAUAUUAAUCUUCAUGUUACAUAAAACUCUUCACAAUAAAGUUUGGCAUAAAUUUUAAAUAAAAAGAACCUGCUGAUGAUUUAGAACUUCAAAAAGUUUUCUGAAGGUCUAUUAGUAUUACAAAUUCUAAAUAAUGAUCUGUAGAUAUAAAAUACUUAAAGAACUAGAUUGGUAGGAUACACUAACACUAUUAGAUUAACUUUAAAUCAUAUAAUAAUUAUACAUGUAUAUGAUGUAAUAUUUAAUAGUAAAAAAACAAUUGAUAUAGUAUCAGAGGAAUGAUCUUUUUAUUAUCUUAGUUCAAUCCUUACUAAAUUUAAGUAACCAAACUCUGUAUUGUUGAUUUUUGAAAAUUUAUAAGAGAACUGUUGAUUUUAUGGUGUCAUGUCUUCAAUAAAUAAGCUUCAACUCAUAUAUACUGUAUAUAUAUAUUUAUUUAUUUAUGUGCUUGAGAGUCGAGAGCCCCUACAUAAGUGUUCUUUGAUUAGUAUGAAUAAAUGGGUCUAUCUAUUUAAAUAUUGUAUCCUUGUAAAAAGAAAUUCUUAAUACACAUGUAAUACAAAAUAAUUAUAUACAUACCUAUAGUCACUUAUAUUUUAUCUGUUAAUGAAUACGUUAAUAACUGAGAAUGUCUCUUUGAAAAUUAAUGAUCAUAUUCAAUUUAUUUGGUCAUGAUUGUUAUUAAUUCAUUCAUUUUAAGAUUCAUUGCAAUAUCAUAUUGUGAGUGCUUUUGAAAACAUCUGCUUGCUUGUAACUGGCGACAAUUAUAAACAGUAUACUAUUAUGAUUACACAUGAAGGUACAAUAGUUUAUGAACUUUUGAUUCCUGUAAUUAUAAACUUUAUUCAAUUGAACCCAUAUAAAUAUAUACUUAAUAUUUGCCAACAUGUAUUAUUAUUAUAUGUUAAUUUGACAGGUAGAUAAAAUAUGUGGGCAUUAUAUGAAAAACAUGUUGAUAAAAUUACAACUAAAGUUGAUUAUAUGCUGGUCUUCAAGUAAACAAUUAUUUUAAAAUUUAUACUAUGCAUUAUACAUGUGUAAAGUAGAAUAUACCAAUAUUACUAAUCUACAACAGUUUUAUAAUUCCCUGAGCACUAUUUUAAUUAAUGAUUUCUUUAAGUUACCUUAUUGUGCCUAUUGCUGUUCUUCGAUUUCUUUCUCCUGUAAUAAUGCAACUGCUAAAAUCUGUUUAUCAUUGUAUAUGUGUGUAGUAUGUUACUUAUAAAAUACUAUUGAAUAGGCAUAUCUCAUCGAGAUCCAAGGAUUACAAAAAUACAAGUUCUCCUGGCAAUUGGUAAGAAUGAUGCAAUUUUGAGGUAAUUCUCAUGAAGCCAAAAUUUUGUAAGAAUGCUGCCUAAAAAUUUUAGCCUGCAGCAUGAAACACCAUAUUCUUGGUCUAUUAGAGUUUUCAUAAUUUUGAUAUCCCAUAGCAUUAAAUUUAUGUCCAUGAUUUUUUGGUAUCUAUUCAGUUCCUUGGAUAAUUAACUAAUGACAGAUCUACAUGUAAAUUAUAUUAGGUUUUGAAAUAAAAAGUUUUUUCAAUUUGUGUAUAAAUGAAUGCUCAAUGUUUGUUUAUUAUACUAGUUGUGAAUACUGUUAGUAAUAAUCAGACUCUGUAGAGAGAAUUUAUUCUCUUCUUGUAAAUAAACUGUUGUAUUGCUA